ACGCAUUGGCAGCGGGCACAAAUCAUAGAUACAAAACGCAAAACUUGCAUCUAUGUUAUCACGUAGCGACCAAUCGAUUUUCUGCUUUUCCGAAAAUCGGCACGUGGUGACAGGUGAUUGGCGACCGUUCGUUUUCAUCUACUCGCGUAUUAUUGUGUGACAAAUACAAUAUCAUCAAAUGCUUCAAUAACAUAGUGUAUACUGUUCGAUAUAUUCGAUACCGGUUCAUUUUUGUGAACGUUGGCGAACAGUGGCUAACGCUGGUGUUAAAAAACGUUGUUUCACGAAUUUAAGAGAGUGUGUGCUGAAAGUAUUCCUAUAUCAUAAGAUCAUUAAAAUUUUAAAAAGAAUUAUAAGAGAUCUUUAUAAAAAUGCUUUUAACAAUUGCUUAUAUGAUAUACACAACUAUACGAACACGACGGAUACCAAUAUAUAAAAAAGAUAUACAUAAGGCUUUUGAGCAAUUCCAGAAUAACUGUUCCAUUAUGUUUUAUCCAUUUGGCCAUGUUGUUAGUUCCUGUGCUACCGCUGAAGAGUGGGCAGAACACACUGUGAGCUCUCACUUAUGUAGUAACAAGCAUCUUGCUAAAAUUCAAAUGGCAAUAGCAUUUGAUUCUUUAAUAGGAAUGUAUGGUAUAUAUCCACGACAAGAAAUUAAUAUAUCAAGCUGGCUGAAAUGUAAACGAGGAACUUCAUUCUUUCCAUUGUAUAAAAGUGAGGGCUAUCAAAUUUCAAAGAAAUCUAAUGACUGUAUAUAUUUUCUGAUUGAAACUGAUCUUAAUACUUAUGGCAUGGAAAGCUCAGAAUGCUGUAUAAAAAUUGAAGAUUAUGGUCAAAUCAAGGCAUGGUCAGUAAAUCAAAAUUUAAAUUUGCUUCUAGAAACAGAUAUCGAUCGUAUUACAAGCUUUGCGUCUAUGUUUAUACAUGGACGAUAUUAUAUUAACAAUUGUUUAUUUAUAAAACGUAUACAAUCUGUUAUAGUAAAAGGAAAACCGUGCAUUUAUGAGCAUUAUAUACAAUUUGCUGAUCCACCACGAAAUAGAGAAACUGUUAUUGCAUUUAGUAAUGCAGCUCAGAAAGCUACGUUACAGCAAAAGGCUAUACCAGUUGAUAAAUUUCCUAGUGUGUUUGUACAUCCCCAAAAAGAUCCAGACAUUAUUGAAGAAGAAUCGGCUCGAGAAGUUGAGAUUCAACAAAAAAUCGAACAAAUAUUGUCGUUCUCAAUAACUCCAGUUAAUACAGCUUACAUGCAAAUCGCAUCACCAAAGAAAGAAGAAUCUCCUGAAGUUUACAGCGAAAAAGAGGACAAUAUUGUAAUUAAACCUCCAAAUGUACUUAUUUAUACAGAUACUAUACGUGGAGGCGAAAAUGUAAAAGCUAUAUUAAGUAAAAUAUUAGAUCCAGAGAGAUAUAUUAUCUAUUACUUAACAAUAUUAGAUGUUCCUGAGAAGACUUGGAUAGACCAGGUUAGUUUGGUUGUCAUUUGUGGUAACGUUUUGAGGGGCACUACUGAUCGGUUUAUAGAAUAUAUUACACGCGGUGGUAAAGUUCUAGCAUUAUGCUCCAACAUGCUACGUAUUUUGCUGCCAUCGUUCAGGACUGCAGAAAUGCGUGAUAAUGAACUUGUUUAUUUUUCGUAUGGAAAAUGGAAACAUGUACGUAUGAUGCAUGAUAUUUUUUGCUAUCAAGCAUCUCCUAAGCGAAAUCGUUUUUCUGAAGAUCACGAAGAUGCAAGGAUACUUUUACCAAAAGUCCCACAGUCGACUAGUGUUACAGAUGAUGAUGGAAAUUCACAUUUGUUUGAUGUGAAAAUACUGGGUGAAGAAGAAACAUGGCAAACUCCAAGUAUAUUAGUCGCAACUCUAGUCAGUAGUGGAGGUAAAAUAGUAUUUUCCCAGAUUCAUUUGGAGGCAGAUCCGGCGGAAUACGAAGACAAAGAGGAUUUAUUUGAAGCGCUCAAAGAGAGCAAUGCUGUACGUUUGGAAAUAAUCAGUGAUCUGUUGAGUACGCACCUAGAAAUGGAGAUAAAUCGUGGUACUGAAGUGCCCAUAGUAUAUACUCCAGCUUAUCUUGUAAGCCAAACUGAAAAUUUGAAAACAGAGCUGCUUGAAAACCUGGAGGACCUCCAGACAGAGAAUAACACAUUACAAAUGUCAGAUUUAAAGAUCCAGUUUUACACAAGUGAAGAAAUACCAGAAACUGCAUCAGAGGAUUUCUUACCUAUUAUAAUGAAUAAUAAAGUUCAUCCAAUUAAUUUCUCACCUGUGCAUUACUAUGAGAUGCUCCAGACAAAAAAACUAGGUCAAUUAGUAAUAUACUCAGAUAUCUUAACAUCCUCUAUGGAUGUGAUGCAAAACCGUAUGAUACACGGAUUGGCGGUUAUUCCACGACAACAAACACAAGGACGAGGGCGAAUUAACAACAUAUGGCUUAGUCCGAUUGGUUGUGCCAUGUUUACUUUACAAAUUCACAUUCCUAUAAAGUCGAUUCUCGGUAAGCAAAUACCGAUUCUACAGCAUAUUGUCGCUGUAGCAAUGGUAUCGGCUGUAAGAUCUAUUCCAGAAUACAAGAACAUUAAUCUAAGAAUAAAAUGGCCUAACGACAUAUAUGUCGGUAAAUCGACUAAGAUUGGUGGCUUGAUAGUGCAUACACGUAUGGAUGGAUCAAAUUAUGUUUGCAAUAUUGGUGCUGGUAUAAAUCUCUUCAAUAGCAAGCCUACAACAUGUAUUAAUAAGGUGAUUUCACUAUAUAAUCAAAAAUAUAAGACAAAUUUGGGAAAGCUCACUUAUGAAAGAUACUUGGCGCUUGUAUUUAAUAAAUUGGAAAUUCUGUUAGAUAAUGUAGAAAGUGACAAUAUACAACUUUUCUACGAUCUUUAUUACAAAUAUUGGUUGCAUAAAAAUGCGAGUGUUAGUGUAGUAGAACCAAAUGGAAAUUACCAGAAAGCUACAAUAAUAGAUAUCGAUGACCUUGGAUUUUUGAGAGUCCGUGUAUGCAUAGGUGGAAUUAAUGUAAAUAUGAGUGUACAACCAGAUAGAAACCGUUUUGAUCUUCUCAAGGGGCUAAUAAUACCGAUAUAAAGAAUAUUCAUUAUAUGUAUGCUUCAGUAUAUGUAUUCGUUAUAUAUAUGUUUUGGUAUAUGAUUCGUUAUAUAUAUGAAUAUUCGUUAUAUAUAUAUAUAU